ACCAAUCAGCCGCUGGCAGAGAGCUGCCUCAUUAAUUAUUCAUGACAUGCCAAUGUUGUUCCACCUCACGCGGACUGGCGGAGGAGAAAAACACGCCGCGAACGAGUGAAGACCGUCACCAUGGCGACAGCGAUUUAUCUCGAACAUUAUCUCGACAGCAUCGAAAACCUGCCCUGUGAGCUCCAGAGAAACUUCACCCUCAUGAGGGAACUCGACAACCGAGCGGAGGGUGAGCUGACGCCCGGGCCGCGUCUCCACUCGCAGCGCGCUGCCCACCUAGGGAGCGUCCCUCUGGGCGUCACGUGCUCUCACCAGACGUCUGCCCUUUCUUUUGCAGAAAAGAAAUGCGAGAUCGACAAGCUCGCCGAAGAGUACAUCAAGAACGUGAGGAACCUGGGCCCGGAUCAGAGAGUGGAGCACCUGCAGAAGAUCCAGAACGGAUUCAGCAAGUGCAAGGAGUACAGCGACGACAAAGUGCAGCUCGCCAUGCAGACCUACGAGAUGGUGGACAAACACAUCCGACGGCUGGAUGCUGAUCUGGCCCGCUUCGAGAACGAGCUGAAGGAGAAGUUGGACGUCAGAGGCUACGAGAGCCCAGACAACAGAACGGCUAAGAAGGUGGGCGGCCGAGGGAGCCUGAAGGAGAAACGCCGGCCGAAAGGAAGAGGACGCAAGUCUUCGGACGACGACUCGCCACGCAAAAAGAAAACGAAGAACAGCCCCGAGUUCUCGGAGUCCGUCCUGCCCGUUCACCCGUCGGACGUCCUGGACAUGCCGGUGGACCCCAACGAGCCCACGUACUGCCUGUGCCACCAGGUGUCCUACGGAGAAAUGAUCGGAUGCGACAACCCCGACUGUCCCAUCGAGUGGUUUCACUUCGCCUGCGUCGACCUGACGACGAAACCCAAAGGGAAGUGGUUCUGUCCGCGAUGCACCCAGGAUCGAAAGAAGAAAUGAGACGCACAUUUGAGAUUACGUUUCUAUAUAUAUAUAUAUAUGUGUACGUAUGCAUAUAUAUAUAUAUGUAUUUUGUCUACGUGGUAAAAUAGGGUAAUAUAUACUCCUUUAUAUGGCCAUGAUGAAAUAUAUGAGGGUCGCGAUGAAACAAAGUUUUUAUUUUUCAAAGUACUUGAAAUGUUUCCAUAUGUUUAAGUUUGAUUGUGUUGUCAUUUUCUGACAAUCUAGGAUAUAUUAUGUACGAUAUAUAUAUAUAUAAUAUUUUUUUCUCUUUACUGAUUAGUAUGUAUUUUGAUUUUCACGACGCUUUCGAGGAAAUAUCAUGUCAUUGUGCUUCGUGAAGUGUUUUUCGCGCGGCACAGGAAGAGUCCUGCGAACAUUUGCCGCUCUUGCACUUAAAGAUGUAACGCGACUACUCUCUUCCUGUCGAUUCGCUUCGAAGCGUGUUGUUCGAGCGAAGUCAAACUUCGAAGCGCAAGUGAUACGUUUUAUUGUUAUAACCAUGUAAUUACAGACGAUACGCCGAAAUCCCACGCCGUCGUUUAAGUUUCUAUUUUUUUCACGUUUAAAUUUUUGCGCUAUUCUUGUCGGCAAGAAUAUUUCGCAGGAAUUAAAGCGCCUAACUACUGUGGAAGCUAUGAGAACACAAUGAGAAUAUAAAAUAAAAACGAUUUAACAAGUCAGAUUUCAAAAUGUCGCUGACGUUGCGAUAAACUUGAAUCAAGUCAAAAAGUCGUGUCGCAAUUCUGCCUUUCUGUGAUCACGACGAAGUCUGAAUUUUGAGAUAAAAAGCUCGUAAUUGCUUAAUUCUCUCGAAUCGUCCGUUUAUAUCUCGCAACUAUGUUUUUUUGUGCGCCAGGUAUCAAAAAUUAAAAAGGGUAAUUGCGACUUACGUUUAUAUUUUGCAAUUGUGACUUUUUCGCGCAGCUGCGGGUUUUAUACGUCGCAGUUUUCUUCUCAGAGUUUAUCUUAGGCAGUAUAUAUUUAGUUUAUAAAACAGCCACAAUUACUUUUUAUAAAAACCGAAAAACCAAUUCCGGGUUUAUAGUUAGUGUUUUUUGGUUUUUGCUACGUAAUAAAAAGUAAAAAAAUUAAAAAUAAUAAAACAAAUCAAAAUUCUGAGUUUAUAUCUCAACUCUUUUGCAGUUGCUGGUUCAUAUGCUUUAAUUUAUAUCUUUGAGUUCUGCGUUUGUUUGUUUUUUUUCGCAAUUGUACGUUUUAUUCCUAGGCACAAAAAUAGCGUAUAUUUUUUAGUUUAUAUGUCACACAAAUGAAUUGUGACUAUAUCUCAGUUUAUAUAUUUGAUCUUUUUGUUUUUCCUCAAAACUGUGAGAUAUAAACUCACAAUUGCAAGAAACAAAAACCGAAUGGCGAGAUAAAAUUUCGCAAUUACCUUUUUUUUUAUUCUGGGUCACAAAAAACAAUUAUAAAAUUUUAAAAUUAAGUUAAAUUUUAUUUCUUUAGAAUACCUCUCUUUGUAUCUUUUUGCUUCUUCCAUAGAAUAAAAAAAAUACUUUUUAUCUUUUUUUUUUUUCGCAAGUUAGUGAGAAAAAGUAAGGUUUUUUUAAUCCGGCGUGCGAAAACGUCCUGUCGUAAACCCCCGCGUCCCGGACUUCGGCUCUGAAUGUUUGAAGCGCGUCGUUUCUCGCUUUUUAAUUAGCCGGAUCUGACGCGGAUGAACGCUUUCCGGAUUAAUGCCGCUUUAUGGCUGCAGAGGUUCGACCAAAGCGAGGUCUUGGCGUUUUAUCGCUCUGUACGGGAUCCAGACGAAAGACUACCUGAUUGAACUCGUCUCGUCGGUGGCGGGUAGAAAAACCGCGAGGUCUGAAAGUGCGACAAUCAAGUAGCGUUUUAUUUGUUCAUGUCUUAACUGCUCCUGAACUAUGUGGACUAGAUGUUCCGUACAGCUUUUUCGUAAAAACAAAUAAAUCUUUACCAUUACA